AUGAUCAAGCAAAUUCCAAAAUAUGCAAAGUUUCUUAAGGAUCUCUGUGUGCAUAAGAAGAAGUUAAAGCGGAAUGAAUUGAUCAGCUUAGGGAAGAAUGUAUCUGCUCUUAUUCAACCAGUUCCCCAGAAAUGUGAAGAUCCAGGAGUGUUUACAGUACCUUGUGAGAUUGGGAGUAGUUUGUUUAAGGAUGCUAUGUUGGAUUUGGGGGCUUCAAUUAAUGUGAUGCCAAGAUCAGUUUUUCAGACUUUAGGGAUUGGACCAUUAUUACCUACAGGGGUUGUGAUUCAGUUGACAGACCGCAGUCAGACUCACCCAGCUGGAGUUAUUGAAGAUGUAUUAGUUAAGGUGAGAGAACUCAUUUUUCCUACAGAUUUUUAUAUCCUUGAUAUGGAGGGAGAUUGCCUGGCCAGUAGAUCUCCACUUAUUCUAGGACGACCGUUUUUGAAGACUGCAAGGACUAAGAUUGAUGUUCAUGCGGGUACACUUUCUAUGGAGAUAGGAGAUACAAUGGUCCAGUUCAGUAUUUUUGACGCUAUGAAGUAUCCUAGAGAGGAUCAUUCUAUUCUCAGUCUAGACAUUUUAGAGGAGCUGGAUAGCAUAAAUUUCUUUUCAGGGUUUGAUUCAGAUUUUGCAGAGGUUGGUCAGAGUGAUGUGUUAUCUUCGGUUUUGGAGGAUAUUUCAGCCGUGGGAGUGGAUAAUGAGUUUUGUGAAUUAUUUCCUAGUAAGAGAGAUGAAUUAUGCGUAGGGGAUUGCUUAGGAGAAGCUCUACCCCUAGAAUCGCUCAGAGGAGAAGAAUUAUGUGUAGGGGAUUGCUCAGCAGCAUUACCCCUAAGAUCACCUACUAUUAAUCAGACACAAGAUGAUUUGAAGCCAUUGCCUCAACAUUUGAAGAUUUAUUUGGAGGAGGAUGUGAAACCAGUGAGACAGCCCCAGAGGAGACUUAACCCACUGAUGCUUGACGUAGUGAAGAAAGAGAUGACUAGACUUCUACAAGCAGGUAUCAUUUACCCUAUUUCUGACAGUAAGUGGGUAAGUCCUAUUCAUGUGGUACCAAAGAAAUCUGGAGUGACAGUAGUGGCUAAUGAGAAGAAUGAGUUAGUGCCCAUCAGAGUGAAGAAUUCAUGGAGUGUUUGUAUAGACUACAGGAAGCUGAACCAGGCAAGCAGAAAGGACCACUACCCUUUGCCUUUUAUUGAUCAGAUGUUGGAGAGACUGGCAGAUUUGCAUCGCUCCAGAGGAUCAGGAGAAGACUACCUUCACUUGUCCUUUCGGAACCUUUCAGCGAUGCAUGGACACAUAGUCUCUAGGAGAGGAAUUGAAGUAGAUCCUGCUAAAAUUAGUGCUAUAUCUUCUUUAUCUUACCCCGCAUGCGUGUGGGAUGUUCGAGCCUUUCUUGGCCAUACAGGAUUCUACAAGAGAUUUAUUAGGGACUUCAAUAAGAUUGCUCUUCCACUGUCUCAGCUUCUUCAGAAAGAUGUGGAGUUUCAGUUUGAUCAGAGGUGCAAGGAAGCUUUUCAGAGAUUGAAGGAGGCUUUGAUUUCUGCACCUAUCAUCAGGCCACCGGAUUGGACAUUACCAUUUGAGCUUAUGUCUUUGAAGUUUCUCCUCGAGAAGCUUGAUGCAAAGCCCAAACUAAUUAGAUGGAUGCUUCUACUUCAGGAGUUUGAUUUGGAGAUUCGUGAUAGGAGUGGGAAGGAGAACUUGGUUGCAGAUCAUUUGAGCAGAAUUGAAGGGGAUUUGGAUCACACGGCUAUUGAUGAUGAUUUUAGAGAUGAGCAGCUUUGUAGGGUGCAUGGUGAGUCUCCAUGGUUUGGAUUGCCCAGGGCGCUAAUUAGUGAUCAGGGGACACAUUUUUGUAACAGACACAUGAAGGCUAUGUUGAGCAGAUAUGGGGUUUCACAUAGAGUUGCUACUCCUUAUCAUCCCCAAACAAAUGGACAAGCUGACGUGUCAAAUAGAGAAGUGAAAGCAAUUUUAGAGAAAACUGUGAGGCCUGACAGGAAAGAUUGGAGCAAGAGAUUAGAUGAUGCACUUUGGGCUUACAGGACGGCUUUCAAGACUCCUAUAGGGAUGUCUCCAUACAGGAUGAUUUAUGGUAAAGCUUGUCAUCUUCCAGCGGAAAUCGAACAUAGAGCUUAUUGGGCAGUUAGAGCUUGCAAUUUUGAUGCUACUGUGGCAAGAGAAGAGAGGAAAUUACAACUCCAAGAACUCGAGGAAAUUCGAAUAGAAGCAUUUGAGAACUCACGGAUCUAUAAAGAAAAGAUCAAGAAUUUUCAUGAUAAGCACAUUGUGGGUAAGGAAUUUAAUAUUGGUGACAAAGUUCUCUUAUAUAGGUCACAACUCCAAUUGAUUAAAGGUUCAUUGAGAUCUCGUUGGGAAGGACCUUAUGUUGUGACUAAUAUGUUUUCUUGUGGAGUUUUUGAGAUUAGGGAAGAGGCUACCAACCGGAUUUUCAAGGUGAAUGGGCAUAGACUCAAGUUGUUUCAUGAGAUUGGCAAUGGAGAGGUGGUACAAAAGAUGAAGGUUAUUGAUGCUAUCUACUCAUGUGAAGGGGAGUUUGUUCCAACUUAG